GCUCUUGUCAAGGCAUUUUCCAGGUGAGCCAUGGCCUGGAUGGCGACUAUAUAAACCUGGACGCAUCUGAGGAUAAGACAAACAGUUUCUCACUUCUCUUCUCUGAUUACAUUCUCAUCUAUUCCAACUCAACACAGCGAAGCAAUGGCGAUGAAACAUAUGAUGCUGGUUGUUGCCGUCUUGUUGGUAGCCGCUGCCUACGCCAAUGGGCAGCAAUCGACGACUCCGGUGCCGAUCCUGAAGCAAAUCAACCGAGUCAACGACGACGGAUCCUACACUUACGGAUUCGAGGCCGCCGACGGCACCUUCAAAGUGGAGACCCGCGACAACCUGGGCAACGUCCGAGGCAAGUACGGCUACGUCGACGAGACCGGCCAGCUCAAGACCAUCGAGUACGCCGCCGGCCAGGGAUUCGAAGCUUCCGGCGCUCACCUUCCAGUCGACGGAAACUCGGCCGUUCCGUUGCCCGCAGCCCAGCCCAUCACUGCGGCUCAUCCUCGUCGCCCUGUCGGCCGUCCCGCCCCUGCCCCCACCACCUUCCGCCCACGCCCAGCGGUGGUCGAACAGCCAGCAGCUCCCGUUCAUCACGUCGCUCCCGCCCGCAACCUCCCGACGCCGACACUUUCCGUCCCGUCUUUCAGCAAUGUCAGACAGCAGCAGCCACAGCCCGUCCCUCAACAUUUCGACAACGCCAUCGUCUCCAACACCGGAAACGCCGGCCGCGGAUUUUCUUUCUCCUUCGAGGCUCCCGUUUUCCACCCCACCACCACUCCCCAGCCAUUCUUCAACCAAGCUUUCUAGAUUAGUCCCGCCAGCUUAUUCAAAUAGGAUUCUUUUUUGUCUAAAGUCAUGAUCGCCGAUGUGUAUAUAUGAAAAUACAAAAUCAGAACGCACAAAAAACCAAACCCAAAAUAUG